CAGUUCAGUGUAUCCGACUGCACGAGUCACUCACCCGCGAUGUCGCUUACUAUGCGUUUUCGAGUCGAUGCACAUAGAAUUUCAAAAUAUGGCUCGUAGAAGAUAACAAAAUUUUAGUUCGGGCAGCUACUUCAAACCAAUAAAUAAGCCACUCGCAUAGACAAAAAUUCCUCUAAAAUACAAAAGCAACAAUCGAAAACAAAAGUCGAACUGGUCUGACACCGCUGAUAUGGCCGUACGUACAUUCUCUCUUUCAUCCGACAGUAAACAGAUAAGAAUCCGUCGAGAGAAUCUCAGCCCAACUCGAAGCUUCAGUCGUGCAAGGAGCGUCACCGAUCGCGCGUAAAUGUCUCGUGUGAUCGAAGUUAUUUAUUUCUAAUUCUUGCAUCAACGUUCGACAUCUCGCUCUCCCAGGAUGUACAGGAAUCUGCGGCUAGCGUCGAGGAGCAAACGCGAGAGUGCCGCGAUAUGGUGGAAUUUCAUCGAGGGAAGAGCGGAGCAUCGGAAAAUGCCUCAGAGGCUUUAUCACAGCGGCUCCGGAGUCUACGGGCAUCGGGACAGAGCGCCACAGCAAUUCGAAGUGCCGAGAGAGCAGCUGGCUGCUCGAGCGCAGCAGAGCAAUUUUUACAGACUCCUGACGGCUUAUCGGGAACACGGCCACAAGCAGGCGGUCGUCAAUCCGAUCGCGCUCUCGAAACCGCGAGCCCUGCCGGAACUUCGUCCGGAACACUUCGGCCUCGAUUUGGCGGACAAUGUGAGGAUGGAAGGUUUGCUGCGAGCCGACAAGGCCGAUGGUACCGUCGAGGAUGCCCUCGACAUUCUGAACAGGAUCUACUGCGGUACGAUGUCCGCCGAGUUUAGUUACCUCGAGUCGGAGGAAGAGAGAGAAUGGUUCGCGAAGAACUUCGAGGAAUGCUAUUACGAAGCGCUCGACGACGAGACGAGGCGCGCCAUCGCCCGAGAAAUGCUCAAGAGCCAAGCGUUCGACAGAUUCCUGGCUGUGAAAUUCGUGAGCGUCAAGAGAUACGGAGGCGAAGGCGCCGAGAGUAUGAUGGCUUUUUUCCACGAACUGUUCAAGCUCGCCUCCAAUGAUACGUUGAAGGAGCUGGUACUCUGUAUGCCGCAUCGAGGCCGACUGAACUUCCUCACGGGAAUGCUCAAGUUUCCAGCCGAGAAGCUCUUCCGAAAGUUACGCGGACUGUCGGAAUUCCCAGACGACGCGAAGGCGACGGGUGACGUUAUAAGCCACUUUGUCUCGUCGAUGGAACUGCCUCUCACUGGUCUCCACGUCAGUAUGCUGUACAAUCCGUCUCACUUGGAGGCCGUCAAUCCUGUGUCCAUGGGCAGAACUCGAGGACUCAUGCAGAUUCUUAAGGAGGGAGCUUACUCAGAUGACCCUAAUGCGCAGUGGAGCGACCAAGUUUUGAACGUCCAGGUUCACGGAGACGCAGCUUAUACGGGUCAAGGAAUCAAUCAAGAGUGCCUUGCACUCAGUGGAGCUCCUCACUUCGAGAUCGGUGGAUCUAUUCACAUGGUGGUGAACAAUCAGGUAGGUUUCACCACACCAGCAGCUCGAGGCAGGUCCUCGAGGUACUGCACGGAUUUGGCCAAGUUCAUCUCGUCGCCGGUUAUCCAUGUAAAUGCGGACGAUCCAGAGUCGGUCGUUAAAGCAACGAGAAUAGCCUUCAGGUAUCAGAGAAAAUUCCGGAAGGACGUCUUCGUAGACCUGAACUGCUUCAGACGCUGGGGACACAACGAACUGGACGAUCCCACUUUCACGAAUCCUCUCACCUACAAAAUCAUUCACAACAGGCGAUCAAUUCCAGAUCGAUAUCUAGACGAACUCAUUAACGCCAAGGUCCUGAGCCAGGAACAAGCCAACAUGAUCGUCGAGCAGUUCACCGAAAAGUUAGCGGAAGCUUUGCGUCGGGUCGACGACUACGUGCCUCAAGCGACGUACUUCACUGGCCGAUGGUCUCAGCUCAAACAGGCCGAUUCCGCGGUGACUACCUGGGACACCGGAGUCGACACGAAUCUUCUGCAGUUAAUAGCCAACAAGAGUGUACAGUCACCAGAGGAACUGGUAAACAAAAACGUCCACCCAACGCUGCUGAAAAGCCACGUCGAGAGCAGGCUAAAGAAAAUCGAAUCCGGCAGCCACAUCGACUGGUCUACAGCCGAGGCGAUGGCUUUCGGCAGUCUGCUCUACCAGGGAUACAAUGUCAGGAUAAGUGGCCAGGACAUCGGACGUGGAACCUUUUCACACAGACACGCCAUGCUCGUCGAUCAGUCCACAGGAGAAAUGUACAUCCCGUUGAACUCGAUGGUCGAGGGCCAGACCGGCAAGAUCGAACUGGCCAACAGCAUUCUGUCAGAGGAAGCAGUCCUGGGAUACGAGUACGGCCUGAGCAUCACUCUACCGAACACCUUACCGAUUUGGGAAGCUCAAUUCGGCGACUUCUUCAACGGAGCUCAGACGAUAAUCGACACGUUCGUCAGCAGUGGCGAAGCCAAGUGGAUGACCACUAGUGGACUCACGAUGCUGCUGCCUCAUGGAUACGACGGUGCUGGUCCUGAGCACAGCAGUUGCAAGCUCGAGAGGUUCUUGCAGCUUACCGACAGCCGAGAGGACAGACCUGAUGGUGACGACGUUAACAUGCAGGUGGUCAAUCCAACGACACCCGCCCAGUACUUCCACUUGCUCAGGCGACAGAUGGUGAGGAACUUCAGGAAGCCUUUGAUACUCGUCGCGCCAAAGACGUUACUUCGUCACGUUUCGGCCACGUCAGGUUUGGACGAAAUCGCUCCUGGUACUAGCUUCAAGACUGUCAUAGGCGAUGAAAAAGCACAGGAAAACGCAGUUCGUAAAGUUAUACUAGUCAGUGGAAAACAUUAUUACGCUCUGGAGAAACAUAGAGAAAUUCUGGGAGCUCAAGACGUUGCGAUUAUAAGAGUCGAAAGCUUAUGUCCCUUCCCAGUGGCUGAACUCAAUGAAGAAAUUCAAAAAUACCAGCAUGCAAAAACUUUCAUUUGGAGCCAAGAGGAACCACAGAAUAUGGGUGCAUGGAGUUUUGUCAGGCCCAGAUUCGAAAACCUGUGCGGACGUCAAUUACGUUAUUCUGGGCGAGAGCCUCUAGCAACGUCAGCUGUUGGCAUUGGCCAGUUGCAUCAACGUCAAAGCGAAGAAGUCGUCGUAAAACCGUUUGCAAUGAAAUAAAACAUAAAUUUCGAAGCGUUAUUUGAAGCAGAUAUAAUUAUAUCAAGAGAAGAUUUUUAAAAUGAAAUUCUAUGAUAAGAAUUUUAAAAAAAUAAUUGUGAUACGGAUAGAAUAAAUUUUGAAAUUUCUUUGCAAUUACAAACAUAUACAUUUUUUUUCUAAUCUCUAACAAAAUGUUUUAAAAAUCUCAAAGCAACUCUUGGAGGAUCAAAUCGCGAUAGUUGAAUAAAUAUGAGUAAAAUUAGUUAGAACUAUUGAAGAUCAUCUAUUUUGUUAUUCGAUUCAACGUAAUAUUUGUCAAAAAUAUCGUACACCGUACGAUAGAUAAUAUGUAUAUAAUAACUAACGUACCUUUGAAAAAAUAAAAUUAGUUGAAAUUUGUGGCGAUCGACAAGUUCUUUUCAAUACAAUACACUCUAUAUCGUAUAAAAGUUUCUAGUUAGUGGUAAGCAUAUUUACAAAAUUAUCUCUAAUAAAUUCGAAAAAGUUAACUAUUUGCAUAAUAACAGUUGAUCAGUGCAAUUUUUUUAAAAUUCUCGGUAUCGAUAUGUCGAUUGACAGUGCUAUAUUAUUCGUUACUUGCUUUUUCAUUCCCUGGAGGGCGCUUUUCCUUCUCGAGAUAUUCUUUUAAUUCUGCCUGUAAACGAAAUCGUAUAUAUUUUUUAUUGUUUUUUUAAAAUGAAUUUCAAUUAAAUCAUGA